GGCGUCUUCUCGCGAGACCCGGAAGCGGCACGAAGGCUUCCCAGAAUCCUUCGCCCUUCCUUUUCCCCGGCGGUAGCUGUGGCUGUAAGGUGAGUUUGAUGGCGGCAGCUUUUGGCCUUGGCUGGUAUCCGCCGCCGCGGGCCUCCAUCCCGGCCCGGGCCCCCAGAAGCCCUCCUUAGAUGGAGAAGGGAGGCCAAUACCUGUUCGCCCGCCACGGUAUUUCCGUUCUUUGGGGCGGGGAAGAUUGCAAUUCGGGCGCCCGGAAAAGUCCGGGGUAGGGGCGGUAGGGGAAAAAAAUGGCCUCUGCAAGCGGCUGGCGAUUCUGAAAACCCCGGAUGUGGAAGCCUUGCCUUUGGAAAUGCAAGUGGGCCGUGGGAGAAACAGAUGGGGAGGGAAUCAGUUUUAUAGGUUUUCUGCAGGUAGGCCUCGUCUUUUCGACUCAUGGGUUAAGUGGGAAGGCAAGAUGAAUUCAGGGAUUUAAAAAAUAAGAAUUUCAUAAGUUGUGUGUCUUUGUUUCUUAAUUUCAUACUUUUACAUGGCCUUGUAUGCACUGCUGCUUUUGGUGCAUUGUGACUUGCUGUUAUUUUUUAUUGAUUAUAGCUUAUUGUAAUUGCUACGGGUGAUUUUCUGCUGUAUUAUUUGCUGGUGCUCAAUUUCAUUGUGUACUGUUGUAUUCCAAUGGGUUAUUGAAUACGACUUUAUAUGAUGCAAGUUGUUUUACGUUACGGCUUUUUUUUGGUAUUGGAUCGGAUUGUUACAAGGUGCGUGGAUUCUGCUGUAGACUGUGCUGUUUCUUCAGCUUGUAAGCUGCCUUGAGUAUAGUAAUGUAGAAAGGCAAUAUACAAAUUAAAAGUGAAAUGAAAGUUGGGAUUCUCCUCUUUGCCAGCCUGAAAGAAAAAAAGAGCAAGUGUUGCAGAUUCAUAGGGGAACCACCCCCCCCCCGUGUUUGGGAGGCCACAUGGUUGCUUCUAAUAUGGAUGGGCAUGUUUUUGAAGGGGUGGUACUGUGGGCUUCUGAAAUGCAGCAGGGCCUUUUGCAGUGCAAUCCAGGAACACCAUACUUAUGUGUAAUUUGUCACUGCUUUUGGUGGUGGAGGAAGGCAGGGGAGGGUUGUUACUAUUUGGGCACCAAGAGAAAGGAUUGCAAGCCAUCAAGUGUUGUGCUUUAUAGUGGGAUUGUGCAUUUGUUAUGUAUGUACUUGAAAUGGGGCACAAUCACUCUUACAGGGCAAUAGUAUGUCCUUACCUUCUAAUAGCACAUUAUCUUAUUUUAAUUACACUAUAGGGUGACAAAUAGCAGGGGGGAAAUGAACCUCGAAUGUGUAUGUAUUGCAAAAAGGUGGUUAAGUGGUAUAUAGUUUGAAAAUAUUGUUGUAAAAAUGGAGGCUGCACUGAUGACUAUCUUAGGACACCUUUGGAUUAAAUUAUGAAAAUAAUCACAUUCUUCUGAGCAGCUUUUUUCUAACCAGCAAUUUGGAGAGUGUGUGUAAUUUAUGGCUACAAUACUGAAAGAUAUAUUUAUUUUCCCCCCUCUAGGUAAGCUCUGAAAAUGGUCCGCUACUCACUUGAUCCGGAGAACCCCACAAAAUGUAAGUAUUUUUCCUCUGGUACGUGCCUCGUACUUCAGUGAUUACCAAAACUUUCAAAAUUAUCAUUUUUUUAUCCCUUCUCCCCACAGCAUGCAAGUCAAGGGGGUCCAACCUUCGUGUUCAUUUUAAGGUAUGUGAAAUCUUACUUUGACCCCCCCCCCCCCCAAAAUAAAAAAAUAAAAAAGGAGUGGAUGUGGAGCGGACCACACUGUAAUUUGAUGGAAGCAGAAUUCAUAGAUUAUGGUGCUUAAUCACAAGAUCGUCACAUCAGAUUUUCUAAACAUCACCUGGUCAUAUACACUUUAUUGUAAAGCUUGUUGUGCUACACAAAACAAGUUGUCAUUCUCUACGUAACAUCCCUCUUUCAAGAAUUUGUGGUAAUGGGGACUGUACUGGCUACUGUGUUGCCUAGGUACUCAAACUAGCAAGCCACCCUUCCUGGUUCAAAACUAGUGAGGAACAGGGGAAUAAUAGGCACAGGGUCCUAGUGACUUACAAUUUUGGGGUUGGCUGCCAAGGCUAGUCAAAUCUCUCUCUCUCUCUCUCUCUCUCUCAAUCUCUCUCUGAUUUUUAACUGAGUUUUAAACAGAACAGUAAAGCGCUAAUAAAUCCUGAAACAACAACAAGGUAGCACAAGAUUAUAUAAUAUAUAUCAGAAGAAUGAAGAGAUUACACUUGGUAUAGACUCUGUCUUGCGUUGCUUUGGACAGUAGGUAGAAGGCAGUUCACUUUUGUCAGCUUUCUGUAAUGUCAAAUCUUGCAAAGAGGAGAGCAUGAUGUUACAUUAGAAUUUUUUUCUGGAGUUCUGUAACACACACACACACACCCAGCAAAUGAAUUUUCCAUGGUAUAUAAUGUCAUAAAUAAUAUCCAGAUAGCUCUUAAAUAAAUCUUGUCUUGAUCAGAUGGCCUGUUAAGAACAUCUGAACAAUUAGUACGAAAUUCUGAUACCAUCAAAGGGGAUUGAUGUUUGUUUCAGGGGUGGUGAAAUUAAUGUAACUGCAGUGAUGACCAACUUAGGACACCUUUGGAUUCAUAAUGAAAACAACUAAGUGGCUCUGAGCAGUUACUUCCCUAGUUAAGCUAGAGUUACUAUGCAGGCGUAGACUCUUAUUAUACAAACAGUGGCUUGGAGCUAUGUCUUAAGUAAAUGGCACCAUAGUUACAGCCUACAUACCUAAUGGAAAAAUAGCCAAUAAUGCAAUUAUUAUUUCACCCCUUUAGAACACACGUGAGACUGCCCAGGCUAUCAAGGGCAUGCACAUCCGAAAAGCUACCAAGUACUUGAAGGAUGUGACCCUAAAGAAGCAGUGUGUUCCCUUCCGUCGUUACAAUGGUGGUGUUGGCAGAUGUGCCCAGGUAUGGAUGGAUUUGGAGAAAACUGUUAGCAAUUUGAGGAAAACUUUUUGAAAGGCAGUGAUUUUAUUCAGUAGCGUUUGAGGAUAUCUGUUGUACAAAGAAUAUCUUGAACAUGAAGGCUGGUGAAUAUUGAUGAACAUGCGUGGGGAAGUUCAUGUGUUAAAAAACUGAAGCCACAAUGAGCUGCGAAGAAAUUUGUCAGUGACCAGAAAGCGUGUUCUGUACUUGGUACACAGGGAAUACAUUGUCCCUCUGCUUCAGCAGAUCAAUUUCGCAGUAACUGGAUUGCUAACAGUCACUAUGCAAGUCCUUUUGGGGGGCAGAAACUGGAAAAUUCUAGGAAAAUGGAUGUGAUACAUUACUUGGUGUUUAUUGAAUCCUUAUUUUUCAGUUUGCUAUGGGGAAUUACAUACGAGUGCCUUCAAGUUGUUGGAUAGAAUCACGUUCUCUUAUGCUUGCCUGUGGUUGCUGUGAUGACUUUCUUAGGACACCUUUGGAUUAACCGUGAAAAGAACGUUUGAUUCUGAGCAGCCUCCAAAACAAAUCACGUUUAGCAUUUUCCUUCAAAAGUAUACUCAUACUGAACUCUCAUCUUGCAGGCCAAGCAGUGGGGCUGGACACAGGGGCGUUGGCCAAAAAAGAGUGCUGAGUUCCUCCUGCACAUGCUUAAAAAUGCUGAGAGCAAUGCUGAGCUCAAGGUAAAAUUUCAUGUAGCUUGUCAUGUUGGGUUAAGUUUCAGUUCUAGUAGUGAUCCAAAUUUUGAAAAGCAAAGACAAACCUUUGGUUCACUGGGGUUGGUAUUGAGGAUAUGAAGUAGUAUUCGGUAAGAGACUAGGGCUAUACAGAAGGAUUGCUGAAGGUGCAAGAUUGGAUUCUUGGGUACAGUGUAAUGUAACAGAAUUUGGUGGCAGUGAUGACUAUCUUAGGACACCUUUGGAAUAACCAUGAAACAAACACAAGAUUCUGAGCCACUGUAAUUACUGGUAUUGCUAGUUGACUUUUCAGGUGUGGUUUAGGAAAGUUAGUGAUUCACUUUGAACUAGGUAAACCUAUUUUGUUAUGGGGUUGUAAUGAGAACUUUUUAUUUUCCCCCACCCGCAGGGUCUGGAUGUAGACUCUCUGGUAAUUGAGCACAUUCAGGUUAACAAAGCUCCCAAAAUGCGCAGGCGAACCUACAGGGCUCAUGGUCGCAUUAACCCCUACAUGAGUUCUCCUUGCCACAUUGAGAUGAUCCUCACAGAGAAGGAGCAAAUUGUCCCUAAGCCAGAAGAGGAAGUUGCUCAAAAGAAGAAGGUAUGAAACUUUUUAAAUGAAUAAAUGUCUACUCAACUGUACAGAUAACCAAAAUGACACCAAAAUAACUAGAAUUUGAUUUUAAUUUUGGCAAGGUAAUUUAAAGAGGGGAAACUGUUUAAAGAAGUGAUCAGGGCUGUCCUAUACAUGUUAACUCAGAUGUGUUCAGAGGUAUAAUUUGUGUUUUAGAGUUGCACUCCAAUGGUAAUUAGGUCAGUUAUUUCAAAGCUGUAUUUAAUACUAUUUUCUACAAGUAUUUACAAAAGAAAAUUCUUGUAGUCAGCAAAACUUUAUGUGAAAGUCUGUACAGUGAUUGCAAAUAUUUUAAACUGCUAAUAUUGUAAGCUGCUAUGGAGGAUUAAACACAGAAACAAAAAACAGCAUAUAAGUCUCUUAAAUUUAGCUUCUAUGUUUAUUUUAACUUAUUGUCUACCUGUCUAUGGGGCUUGAACAUAAUUAUGAAGUCUGUAAUGGAAAUUGACUGAUAGAAGUGUCUUUAAUUUUAAUGGUCAAGUCAGAGGUAGCCAGUGUUGAUGUCUUCCAAUUUUUUUGGACUCCCAGCUCCUAUCAGCCCCAGCCAGCAUGGAUAAUUGUCUGAUGAUGGGAGUUGUGGUCCAAAACAUCUGGAAGACACAGUGUUUGCUAUUGGCUAUCUCUAGCAUAAGUAGUUGCCCCAAAUACUGAGUUUUACCAAUGGAAAUAAUGGUCUGUUAUUUGCUUUCUGGUAAUUCUUCCUGGAGCUGUGCUUGGUAAUAGAUAAAUACGUUGCAGUGAUUCUUACAUACAAUAAUCUCUGGAGUUAAGUUAUGGAAACUAUACUGUGUGGUAAAUGUGUUUUCUAAUUGGUUUCAGCAUUCAGUGAAUGUUUUUGGUCAAGUGAUACUAAUUUCUUUUGUUUUCUCCCCAGAUCUCUCAAAAGAAACUGAAGAAGCAGAAACUCAUGGCUCGGGAAUAAACAUCUAUUCAGUUCACAAAUAAAAAACAAAAUUUUAAGUUAACUGCACAUGCUUUUUUAUUUAUUGUUUUUAUUUGCAAAUUUAACAAGCAGGAAUAUUAUUUUCUUUAUUAUAUUUUAAUAAUGAUUAGGAUUAUGAUAAAACCCCACCACCACCUCACACUAAGGAUACAAUAACCACCAAUACAUCCAUCUAAAGUUAAGCAUGCAGGUUAAUGUAAGCCUUCCAGAUGUCCAAAUAGGUAUAUUUUGCUUGAAAAAUAUUAUUCUGAGCGCAGUGAUUAUUAUCAAUGGCUUCUCUGUCACAUAAUAUAUGUUAUUUCUCCCAUUUGUUCAUUAAACCUGGGUUGAAAGUC